AUGACGAAGAGAUACAUGAGAGCAAACCAGAGGAGGAAGAUGGUGCAAGAACAAUGGGAGACUCCACUUCGUUUCUCAGAAUUUUGUCUAUUGCUGCUGGGUUAUGGAGAAGCUGGGAAGAGUUCAACAGGGAACACCAUUCUCGGCAGACAGGUGUUCGGGUCAAGAAGAACAGCCCGGUGUGUUCAGAGACAUCGAGAGGUGGGAGGACAGCAGGUCAGCAUAUUAGACACCCCUGGCUGGUGGAAGCAUCUGCCCAUAGAACAAACCCCUGAACUGAAUAAAGACGAAAUCUCACAGAGUGCAUCUCUAUCCGUUUCUGGACCAGUCUCUUACAUUUUGGUUCUUCGUGCCGACUGUUCCUUUAAAGAGCAGGAACGGAAGGCGAUGGAGGAUAAUUUGAGGCUUCUGGGCUCCAUGGUUUGGGAUCACAGUAUAGUUCUGUUCACUUUUGGGGACCUGCUCAGAGACGGAGCCAUUGAGCAGUACAUUGAAUGUGAGGGAAAAGCUCUGCAGUGGGUUGUUGACAGAUGUGGAAACAGGUAUCAUGUUUUUAAUAAUAAGGCCAAGGGUGAGAGCCAUCAAGUCAGAGAUCUGCUGGAAAAGAUACAGGGGAUGAUUGCGGUUAACAGCAGGUGUGAUGACAAGGACAUGCAGGUGCUACAAGAGGUGACAGAGCAAACACCAGACAGAAGAUGCAGGGAUGAAGAGAGGAAGAUGAAUCCGAUGAUGUGUUUGAUUACGGUGAAGAUGAUGAAGUCAUUUGGGAGUCGAGAGCGUGGAGAUGGAUGA